CGCAUCUGGAGUAACCCCGUACAACGUCCCCACAACCAAGGGAGAGUCUCCUAUCGCACCUUGUUGAUCAACAAAUGCUGACGUGAAAUGCUCUGAACACCAUGACUGAACCAGGACCGCGAAAGCGCUCCAGAAUCGCCUGCACAUCAUGCCAGUCGCGCAAACGGAAGUGCUCCGGUGACCAACCAUGCAGCACCUGUGUACAGUUGGGGGCAGCCUCCGAGUGUCAUUACGACAUCCAAUCUCGCAAGAAGAAAGAUGUCAAGGCAUUUCGGCCAUCAGUCGGUCUAUCGAUGCGUAGACCUAGUGUCGUCGAAGAGUUACCGAGGCCCAAGAGCCAGGAGCAGUCGACCCCGGGGGACUCGACAAGCAUCGACGUCAGUUCCCUCGAGGCCAAUUCGGGCGCUGCGUUUGUGCGCAGGUUAGGUCUCAAGCUGGAUCCAGCGAAUGCACCGAGAUUGCAUCUUUUCGCCUGGAACGUCGGGGCUCGUCACCCGCCACCAUCGUCCAUGCCGACAUCGACGUCGGCCACGGCUGUGCCCAUCGUCGACAUCAUCUCCCAGGACGAGAUGCGAUCAUUGAUGACAUUCUACUUUGAAAAAGUGGAUCCUUGCUACCCAUUCCUUGACCGGGAUGUUGUACUCCGCCAGGUCAGCAGACGAUGGCUGCCUUCCUCGUCCGAGUCAGCCCUGCCAUACGGGCCCUACGAUGCGGUACUCUGCGGCAUAGCAGCGCUUGGGUUUCUCUUCUCACGGCGACGAGCCGUCCCGGCAGAGUACCGAGUGGCCGAAACCGCUCGACGCAUCCUUGAACAUAUCGCGUACCUCCGCAUGACAGCAUCCCCCCACGUCGCCUGGAUGGCCAGCUGCACGCUGAUGCACCUCAUCGAGGCGUCGGGUCUUCAUCUCGAGCCCUUACCAGAUACCUCUCUCGGCCAGACAACAACAACAACAUCCUGUGCCCCCGAAAUCCGCCGCCGACUCUUCGGCAUGGCCCGCCACCUAAACGUGUGGAUCUCCUUCGAACUCGGCCGGUCCCGAGUCGUCCUGCACGGCGCAACCUCCCUCCCACCCGCGCCCCGAUCCCCAACCAGCCCCUCAGAGAUCUUCAACCUCCUCCCCGUCUCGGAAAGCCUCGACCCAAAGCAAACGCAAGACGCGCCCGGCCUGGAAUCCACCCUCGCCGCCGUCCUCGACGUCAUCCACGUCCAGCCACCCCUAAUCCUAGCGCAGUGCAACCUCAUGCUCUGCCUCUACCGGCGCCUCCGCGCCCUCAACUCCAGCAUCUCCGGCGACCUGCUCGACCGCGUCCUCGCCCUGGCCGGCACCGGCCUCCGCGCCGCCCGCGAAAUGGUCGCCUCCGUCUGCCCCUGGCACCAGAUCGCCAACGUCCCCUUCCAGAUCGUCUGCACCUUGCUUGCAAUCGACAGCCGCGCCUCGCUCGCCCUCCUCGGCGAAGCAAUGCGCACCCUCCGCGAGGUCGCCGCCGCCUACGACACGGAGGUCAUGCGCGAAGCCUACAGCACUGCCUACCUGCUCAUUCUACUGCAUCAGCGCCGCAAGGAAGAAGACACGCAGGCGCUCCGUGAUGUUCUCUGCGUCAAUGCGAAUGCAGCCGCCGCGGCGCCGCGGGUUAGCGUCGAUACUGCGGAGGGAGGGUCUACCUCGGUGCAGCGUCAAGCGCAGCCACCGGCGCCGCAGCAGUCCGUGGCCGACCGCUCGGAGAUGUCCUGGUUGGGCGAUCUGAUGAUUGAUAUGCCGAGUUUGCAGAAUUUCGAUCUGGAUCAGUUUUUGAUGACGGAUGUGCCGUGGCCGUUGCCGGAGAUGGGGAUUUGA